UUGGCACUUGAUUCCACUCAGAGACUGCAGCGAGAGUGGAGACAUUGCACGAGUCACCGACCUUACGAGACCUACACAGAUGGGCAUCAUCGGCAUCCGCACGGCCACCCUGCUCCUCGCUGCCCUCGCGUGGCGUAGUGUGCUCGUUGCCGCCGCCGGCGAGGCGGACGGCGUGUUCAACGUCAAGGACUACGGUGCUCGAGGCGACGGCACCACGGACGACACCAAGGUCAUGGGCACGAUUACGGCGCCACCGCCGGGCGCAUGGAGCGGGCAGAAAUAUUGGAUGAUGUUCUACCAGGUCCAGGGGCUCACGGUUACCGGCGGCAGCACCGGCUUGCUCGACGGCAGAGGCCGGUCGUGGUGGUGGAGCGAUCAAUGCAACCGCUACGGUGACAUAUAUAAGGCGCCGACGGCCUUGGUGGUCAUGAACUGCACCGACGUGGAGCUGAGCAAAUUCAGCAGCAAGAACAGCCCGCAGAUGCAUAUUGCCGUCAGCCAGAGCAGCAAGGUCCACCUGACGCAGCUGACCACCACCGCGCCCUGGGACAGCCCCAACACCGACGGCGUGCACAUCGACCAGAGCGAAGACGUCCGCGUCACCAGAUCGACCAUGGGCACCGGCGGCGAAUGCGUCUCCAUCGGCCCCGGGAGCCGAUUCGUCACCGUGGACGGAAUCGUCUGCGGCCCCGGCCGUGCUGUAAGUGUGGGGAGCCUUGGCAAGAAGGGAGCAACCGAAUCCGUGGAGUACAUCGACGUAAAAAACGUCCAGUUCAUCAAUACCUCGAGUGGAGCAAGGAUCAAGACGUGGCAGGGUGGGAAAGGUUACGCGAGAUCCAUCUCCUUCACCAACAUAAACUUCACCAACGUGGACAAUCCUGUGGUCAUCAACCAGUUCUACGCAGACCCCUACCACAUCCCAAACAUGGGGGCGGUGGCGGUGAGCAACAUAACGUACACGAACCUCAAGGGGACUUCGAGGUACAGGACGGCCGUCGAGUUCGUCUGCAGCGAGAGCGGCAGCUGCACCAACAUCCACGUCAACUCCGUGGCGAUCACAUUUCCGUACGGAGAAGCCCUGGCCCUCUGCCAGAACGCGCAAGGGGACACCUCCGGAUAUGUCUACCCCAAGAUCCCUUGCCUUAGAUAAUGUAUGUAACAAAAAAAAUAGAUAAUGUAAUAAUACCCAGCCCAGGGUUUAGGAGUGCAUUUGGAGAGAGUGUCCGGUGAUGCCAUCUCCCACAUGUU